AUGUCGACGUCAACUCUCAAUGAUAUGAACUUGAAUAAUCAAGGAAAACAACAAAAAUUUCUUAAUAAAUAUGAAUAUCAACUUCGAUGUAAGAAACUUGAUUUAAUAGCUUUACAUUUACCACAAGCAGAAGUAACUUAUUAUCGAUUUCAAGCUCAAUUCGAUUCUGAAUUAUCUUUGACGUGGAAAAACCAUCGUAACUUUGUUAAAGAUCAAGGAAUGACAACAUCAUUAAUUAGUUUACUCGAAAAACGUCUUACUAAUAUUACGAAUCGAUGGAGAGAUAUUUACAAUUAUCGAAUCGAUUAUUAUCUUCAAAAUGCUUAUGAUGAAUUCGAUCAUAUAAAUCAGGAUGAAAUAACACAAUAUGUUAAAAUUAUGUCACCUUCAUCUUCCAUCAUUAUCGAUGUACAACAUCCAUUCAAUGACAAACAACUACAAUUAUUAAGUCGUGGUCCAAGUUAUGCACCACCAUGUUUAAUAUAUACGUCAUUAUCAUAUGAAUCUAUGGGUGACAUUGUCAAGAAACAAUAUGCUCCAUUGAAACAUCAACUUAAUAACUUAUUUUUAAAAUAUAAACUUAAUUUAAAUUUACAAAUGGAAAUUCAUAAGAAAGUGUACGAUUUAUUUAAAGAUUUAUUUUCCAAAUCCAUUCCAUCGGAUCUCUCUCAACGUGCACAAUAUGAAAAAAAAUUAAUUGAAUCCAUUCGAAGUUCUCUCAAGAAACAUAAUAUUAUUUUACGAAGAACUGCUGAUAAUAUGAAUAUAUUCUACAUGGGAAAUAAGGAAGAAUUUGAAAAAAAAGCCGAUCGAUAUUUAUUAACAUCGGAAGAUUAUGAUAUUUUGUUUGAUGUCAAUAAUGUCAUUAAUGAAAAACCAUUGAAUGUUGCUAUAAAAGACAUGAUUGAAUCAAUGAAUUCUUUAUUAGAACAAUUAAAAACACAUAAAGCCAUUACCAUUGAUUUAUAUAAACAAUUCAUGGCUGAUCCAACGAAUAUCAAACUACCAUAUUUAUAUUUUCUACCAAAUGUAUCAAAUGAAAAUGUGAUGUCGUUACUACCUAUUGUUACAUCCCAAUAUAGUGCAACAUGGAAAAUAGCCAAAUAUUUAAAUAAACUAUUACGACCUUAUGUUGAUGGAGUAUUACGUUCAACUGCAUUUACUGAUGAAACUGAUUUUAUUCGAAAAUUAUAUCGUUAUGCAGCAAUUGAACGUCGUCUUCGUCCAUCGACUAUAUUUUGUACGAUUAAAAUAACCAACUUCUGUACAUUAGAUGAACAUAAAGAAAUGAUCGAUGUUAUUGGUUAUUUUUUACAAGAUAAUUUAGCUACGAACAAGCUUGAACCACUAACAAUUCAAACAAUUCGAAAUCUAUUACAUUUAUUUCUUCAUAACAAUAUUUUUUCAUAUAAGAAUAGUGUUUAUAAAUUCACCAAAGGAAGUCCAAACACAAUACCAUUAACAGAAACAUUAUCGAACAUUUAUUUAUUUGUCUGGCAAAAGAAAAUAUUGAAAGAAGUAAAUCAAAACAUUGAAUUAUUUGGAAGAUAUAAAGAUCAAAUAUUCUUUACAUGGAAUAAAUCAACUGCUAUAGCAUUGGAAACAUUUCUCGAAGAUCUUCGAGAAAAACAUCGAAAUGUUCGUUUUCAAAAAUUAAUUGGUCCAAGUGUUUCAUUUCUCAAUGCUUAUAUUGAAAAUCGACAUGGUCAAUUAUAUAGUCGGGUUCAUCAUGAUUUUAAUAUGCCACGUUAUAUAUUACCCUAUGUUAUCGGUCACACCAAAUUAUCAUAUAGUGAAUGGCUUUUCUUAGCUUUAAUUCGUGCUGUCUGUUAUUGUACAUCGGUGGAUGAUUUUCAACAAGAACGAGUUUAUCUUGAAAUAACUUAUCUUAUCAAUGGUUAUUCUGUAUUAUUUGUUGAAACUCAUGUGAAGCGUUUUUUUAAUUAUUUUUAUUCUGAAACAAUGCGUUUUUCAUAUAAUCAAAACAACUAUGAUAAAUUUCGUCAACAAUGCUUUAAAUUUGUUGAACAACGACAGGAAUUAUCACAACAGCUUCAAAAAUCAGAUGAUACCAAUUGUUUAUUUCAAUUCCAUUAUAUAUAUGAUUUUGGUCCCAAAUGUCGUUUUAAUCGAGAAUUUCGUCAACUUUGGCAUCAAUACUUUCAACAACAUCCAACUUUAUCAGAAGAAAAGUGCAAAAUUAUGUUGAAUGCUAAGAACUUUCAUUCCUUAAAUACUUUAUUAGGAAUGGACAAACCGUCCGUUACUCUAUGA